AUGACGGAACCCGUAGUCGAACCACCGUCGCUGCCAUCGACGUCAAAACGCACAGUCGUCCAAAUAACGACCACGGAGAUGUCGUCUUCAGGUGCUGGAAUGUCCUCUGCAACGACGAACAAGUCGAGCUCGCCCCCGGUCAGCCCCAGCAGCGUAUCGGCAUCGCUAAGCGGAGGAAACGUCUCGUCUGGCGGCACCCAGCAUACGUUUUACAAGCCACGGGCAACGACGACGGCGAGUGCAAGGAGAUCACGCGCAGAAUCGCUGACAAAUUCGCUGAGCGGGGGGAUCGCUGGCCCUCUGUCUGGAGCAAACUAUCCGCCGUCAGCCUCUUCCAUGUCACGGCCACACUCCUUUUCGCGUUCACGACCUCCGUCAACUUCGUAUAUGCCCAUUCAUCCCUCUCCUUCGGCCUCGCCAUCGCAAACGCACACCGGAGCGAUUCUCCCACCAGCCUCUUUUUUUCAUCCCAAACAACCCUCUAUCAACUCGCCGACGAGUACAAACUUUCCACAUGACUCCCGUCCACCACCGCUCAAUGCAAACAAUGUCUAUGCCCCCGCUCGCGUGAGUGCGUAUGGCGGAGGCGGAGGUUAUCGACACGCGGGCGGGCGGCCAUCUUCUGGUAUCUCAACCGGCUCUUCGACAACCGGAGGUGGAGGAAAUCUACAUCUGAGCUCGAGUACGGGCGUUCCACUGGUUUCAUCGGCCUCGUCGCACGCACGAGAGCACGGUCUCAUCAUGCUGCCUCUGUCCCACAUUCAUUCACGCAACUCGGACGGCUCCACAAGUGGUCCCGACGUUUCCUCCUACUCUGACAGCAGCCAGGGGCGGCGAAGACUCUCCGCGCACGGGACGGCUACGCGAGUCAAGCCUAGCAGGGAGGCUCUUUUGCCAAUUGGCGAAAAGGACACACUAUCUGGGAAUAGUACCGGAAAGACGAGUCCUGCAGGGGCGGUGCGAAGCAGCCUGGAAAAGAUUUUCAGAAGGGCGACUACGAGCAGCGAACGGGAUAGGAACGAAGUGACCAAUACCAAAGAAGGAACUAAACCGGCCAUGCAUGAGCAUGCUCGUGCAGCUUCGUCACUUUCUGUCCGCCUGCGGCGGCAGUCGAGUGCUCGUUCUCCCAACCUGCGCGAGAAUGCCGAAGAGGUCAAAGUCAACGUAGAGCCGCCAUCGGAUCCUCCUCGUGCACAAGAGCCUCUUCAGGCGCUCACAGAGGCAUCCCAUACAACCCCUGUGGCUGCCGAAGUGGAGGAGACACAAAUCGAGGGCCAAGGGUUUGAAGGCGUUGCGCUCGACGGGCAACGGUUCACAUACGGACCUCGGCAUAACUGGGAGGAGCAUCCGUCUCGCAAUACCUUCUUCCUCGGCGGUCGAUUGCUCACAGGCGGCGACUCACCACUCGCAUUUUUGUUUUCCAUCUCUGUCGUCUUCGCCAUUGGUGGUGUUUGGUUUGGGACCACUGCGGUGUGGUGGUGGAAGUAUAAAAGUCCUGCUGUAGCAGCUGUCGGUGCCUACAUGUGCUUGGUGACCAUCGCGAGCAUGUUUGCUACCGCGCUGCGGGAUCCUGGGAUCCUUCCAAGGGAUUUGGACAUGGAUCCUCCCUAUCCCAGCUCACCACCCUCGGACGGUGGUCCGAGAGUUCCUUUACCAAGAGACUUGAGGGUACGGUCGGGAGCUGUUCGUGUCAAGUACUGUACUACAUGCAAGAUCUAUCGCCCACCCCGAUCGAGCCACUGCAAGCUGUGCGACAACUGUGUCGAAGGAUGUGAUCACCACUGUCCAUGGGUGAAUAAUUGCAUUGGUCGCAGGAACUAUACCUCCUUCUUCACAUUCCUGUUCUUUGCAAACCUCACACUGCUGCUGGUUAUCAUCACAUCCGCUUUUCAUCUAUUGCUUCUCAUUCGUCGGCACACAGUGGUCAACUUUGUCGCUGCUCUGAAGACUGCUCCUGGCAGCGCCGCUGCAUUCGUCAUGAGUAUCCUUGUCCUCGGACCCGUGGCUGCCUUGUUCUUCUAUCAUGUUCGGUUGAUGUUACUCAACAUUACGACCAUCGAGCAAGUCCGCAACCAGGCCCAUCGAUCCUUGAUUCCUGGUCCGCUUCCUGCAAAUCCGUUCACGUUGAACAGAUGGUACCGAAACCUUGGGUACCUGAUGUGUCGGCCGGUCACAUACUCGUACAUCGAAGGGCCAGCGCUUGUCAAGCACGACCAUCGACUACCGAACCCUGGACACAAGCGAGUGUCUCGAAACAUGAUUGGAGAGACUGGAUAUGGUAGCGAGGGCCUGGACCACCACCCAAGCUACGAAGUGCAAUCUGCUCGCUACACUAUUUCACAGCAGCAGUACCCGGACUCAUCGAUAUGGAAAGGUGACAGCAACCACGAAAUGUCCGAUCUGCACGCUAGCGGAAAGACCGAUACGGGCAGAGACUCGACGACCGGAGCAGUCACUCGUUCGACAUGGGACCACGACUAA